AUGGGGAAUACAGGGGAUGCAUUGCUGGAUCCUCUGCAGCACCAAUUGCAGCAGUUGGAGGUUCGUCAGCAGCAGCAGGUGCAGCAAGUGCUGCAGCAGCUGCAGAGAGCACAACAAGAAGAGAGGGCAAGGAUGGAGCAGCAGCUAAUAAGGGCAAGACAGCAGCAUCUGCAGCUGCAGCAGGAGAGUACUGCAGCAAGAAGCUUACUUGUAUCAGCAGAAGCGGGGCUGCAUGCAGUGCAGCAGCAAAUAAAAGAAUUGAAGGCAGGGGAGACACUAAUAGAGGAGACAAUUGUCUCCUUAGAGUCAGCAUUACAGCGUGUAGCUGCAUCCGAGACAGCAGCAGCAGCAGCAGCAGCAGCAGCAGCUCAACAACAGCAACAACCAGGAGGAGCAGCAGCAGUAGCAGCAGCAGCAGCAAUGGUGUCUCCUCCUAUGGAUAUACAUGAGAUAAUGGCACUAAGCAGCAAUAUGCAUAUAGAGGGAAAGCUAAGAUUAGGGAGACAAUUAGAGACAGUAAAUAGGACAGUACAGAGUGUAGCUGAGUUACUAGAGGAAGGAGAAGCAGCAGCAGCAAAAGUAGCAAAUAUAGGACCAACAGGUAGACAAAUAGGAGAGCAGCUGCUGCAGCAAGUUGCUGCUAUUCAGCUGUCUCUUAAGACACAAGAAGAAUACCUUAAGGAAGUUGUUGCUGCACUAGAGGCUAAGCAGAUAGUAUGUGAUGGUGUGCUGCAGCAGCUGCAUGCAGCAAUGGAGGGGGCAAUAGCAAGAUAUGCUGCUGUGCUGCAGCAGCAGCAGAAACAGCAGCAACAGCAAAUACAAACUGCAGCAGACGCUCUAAGGACUGCAGCAGCAGCAGACACCGAGCAGCUCAAGCAGCAACUUGAGCAGCAAAUACAGAGAGUUACUACUAUUAAGAUUUCUCCUGCUGCAGAGGCGCAGCAGCUACAGCUGCUGCAGCAGCAAAUAUCUACAUGGGAAGCAGCAUUAGCUCAAUCUUUUGCUGCUAUUGAUUCUCUCCUUGAUGCUGCUGUUGAAUCUGCUGCUGCUGCUGCACCUCUACCCCCUAUGCAUGCAAUAGAUACAACGGGGCUGCAGCAAGCAGUAAUAAAGGCACAAGAUGUUAAGAAAGAAAUAAGGAAAGAAAAGGCAGAGAUAGCGCAACUCCUUAAGAUUCUUGCUACCCACCUAGAGGAGCAGCAGCAGCAGCAGCAGCAGCAUAUGCAGCAGCAGCAGCAGAAGCAGCAGCUACAAAUUCAUCAAAACUUCUUCUCCUCUAUGGGUGCACCAGCAAGGCCAGAAGAAACUUAUGCUGCUUAUGUCUUGCCUAUGCAGCCACCGCAGCAGCAGCAGCAGCAGCAGCAGCAGCAGCAGGUGCAGCAGCCAAUCCCUUACCAAUCACAUGUUCAGCAGCUGCAACUUCAGCAGCUACAAAUGCAGCCACAGCAACUCCAGCAACUGCAGCAGCAGCAGCAACUACCGCAACUGCAGCAGCAGCAGCAGCAGCGCAGCAAUCCAGCAACGCAGCUCCCUCUUCCUAAUCCCUUCGCUACCCCACAGACACAUCUUUAA